GGAGUUCUAGGUGGGAGAGGAGACAGAGACAUGACCCUAAAUAUCAAAAAUAUAAUACCAAUAAUACCAUUCAGGGACUAAACUCAACCGCAUGAUGUACAUUACAUCCAUGGAGUUGAGUGGAGACGAGAGUUUGUGGAGUUAACCUCCAACUACUUAGAGUCGCUGUGUGUCCUCUGUAGCUGCAUGCCUUUCUGUUAGCUGAAAUCCAUACUUUUUAAUAAAACGUUAAUCAAAUACAACCACUGAUGCUGUUGCUCUAAAUGGCAACGAAGUGUGAAUGCGCAUGUGCCAAUUGAAUCUCAAUGAGCAAACAGUCGGUGGUUGUAUUUGAUUAACGAUUCACUAAAAAUUAUGGAUUUCAGCAAAGAAAGAAACUCACUCAGCUACAGUGGACCAACAUAGGUACACGAUUCGACCAUGUCCCACUCUGGAGCCCAGGGCAGCAUUGGGAGCCACCCAGCCAUGGGACUGCAUGCCCACAAAAUGUACCUGUUUGAGUUUGAGAACUUCCAGGGUCGUAUGAUGGAGUGCAUCACUGAGUGCCGUAACCUGUGUGAGAAGGGCUUCGAGAAGAUCGGCUCCAUCAGGGUGGAGUGUGGACCCUGGGUGGGCUAUGAGCAGCAGAACCUGAGUGGAGAGAUGUUCAUGCUGGAGAAGGGAGAGUACCCCCGCUGGGAUACCUGGAGCAACAGCUAUAGGUGUGACCGCUUCAUGUCCGUCAGGCCUGUUCGCAUGGACACCCAGGAUCACAAGAUAUGCCUAUUUGAGUGUAAUAACUUUGAGGGCCGUAAGAUGGAAGUUUGUGAUGAGGAUAUCCCGAGUCUGUGGUCCUAUGGCUUCCAGGACCGUGUGGCCAGCAUCCAGGUCACUGGUGGAACUUGGGUUGGCUAUCAGUACCCCGGUUACCGUGGCUACCAGUACGUGUUCGAGUGCGCCGUCUUCAAGCAUUGGAGCGAGUGGGGCGCCCACCAUCCCCAGAUCCAGUCCAUCCGUAGAGUGAGGGACAUGCAGACACAUCGCAGAGGCUGCUUUGAGUGGACCGUCUAGAUGGGGCCAGGCAGGCGACGGGUUGUGGGCCAGCAAGACAGAGGGGAAGGGGUCUGGCUAGCCCUGGAGCUAACCAUUCCAGAGUCUGGAGUUCCAUCUUGGAUCUCCACACAGCCAACAUAAGCUAACAGCUAAUAACAUAACAUCACUGGCUCCAUCUCAAUCACUUACUAGUUGUAACAUUCAGGGUGUGUGUACUGUAUUGCACAAUCGCUGAAUGAAGACAUUGCCACCUACUGGGAAAAGGUUGUUACUGCAGUUCACCUGCAGCUGACUUCCACAAUGCCUGAAUAUAAUAAUACUGGUGAAACUGAUAGCUGUACUCUCUGUUCCAAGACCUGAUAGAAUUAUAGCAUGAGAAGAUUUAUGAUGGGGAUUUUAAUGGGGGAAAGGGAAUUAGUUAACAAAGAUUUUAAGAAGUUAUAUAGCUUCAUUAGUUUGUGUUCACUAGUUUGUUUCCAUAUCUGCAAACCCAUUGAUUUUAUACAUCUUACUUGUUUCUUAGCUAUAUACCAAAUGAUGCCAAAUAAGCCUGUUCAUUACAAUGCUCUACCCUCCUGCAA